AUGGCGGCCGUCGACCGCUUCGUGAAUCCGAUUCCCAACCCUGCACGCUACCAGAAGUACAAUGGCGUCAACCUGGAGACUCUGUGCAUGGCCGCAUACCAAGGGGACCUGGAGCAGUUAGAAGUGCUCCUGCGCAAGGGGGACGAAGACCACAUCUUCAAUGGUGACGUGAACAUGCACUACACGGAUGUCAAUGCGCUUCACAUGGCUGCCAUGGCCGGGCAUGCCAAGUGCGUGAAGCUCCUCCUCGAAGCGCAGGCCGACCCACAUGUGCGCUGCGUGGCGCCCGAAGGCAAGGAUCCAAAGGAGGCCGAUACUGCGAAAGAUAAGGCAGCAAAGUUCAAGCACGACGAGGUCGUCACCUUGCUCAAGAAAGCCGAAGGGGAGAUGCCCCGAGGGUGGUAUGAGGAGGAUGGCAUUGCGAACAAUCAGAAGCUCUAUUCUGAUCCGAAGCUUGUGAAAAAGGCUGAGCUGGCGGCACCCAAGGCCGAGCCGAAGGCCGAGCCCAAGGCCAAGGCGAAGGCCGAGGCGAAGGUCGAGGCAAAGGCUGAGCCCAAGGCGAAGGCGCAGGCCAGCAAGCCAACGUUGCCCGUGGCGCUGAUCUUUCCGGGUCAGGGCUCGCAGUAUGUGAAGAUGUUGGAUGGCGUCAAGGAUGUGCCAGAGGUGAAGGACAUGCUUUCCAAAGCCACCGAGAUCCUCGGCUACGACCUCCUGAAGAUGUGCCUAGAGGGUCCUGAGGAGAAGCUAGCAGAGACCCGGUACUGCCAGCCUGCGAUGUUCGUGGGGGGCCUCGCCGGGAUCUGCAAGCUCAAAUCUCAGAAUGCCGAUGCCGCUUCGCGACCGCGCUGCAUGGCUGGCCUGUCUCUGGGCGAGUACACGGCGCUCUGUGCUGCCGGCGUCCUCAGCUUCGAGGAUGGCCUAACAUUGGUGAAGCUGCGUGGGGAAGCCAUGCAGGAGGCCGCGAUGGUGGGAAAGCAGGCGAUGCUUUCUGUGGCAGGUUUGGACCAGAAGGUCUUGGAGCAAUGCUGCGCGGAGGCUGAGAAGAAGGAAGCCGGUGGUGUGUGUCGCAUCGCCAACGCACUCUUCCCAAAGGGCUUCUCUUGUGCCGGCACGGAGAAGGCAGUGAACGAGCUCAAGGCCAUCGCAGAGAAGAAGGGGGCGCUCCAGGCGAAGCUUUUGAAGACGGGAGGCGCCUUUCACACCUCUCUGAUGCAGCCGGCCCAGGAGAAGCUCGAGAAGGCCUUGAAAGAGGCCUUGCCAAAGAUGAGCCCACCCAGCUGCGAUGUUUACAUGAACGUUACCGGCCAGCCAUUGUCAGCGGGUACCGAUCCGAAGGUUAUUCUCGAGCUGCUGCAGAAGCAGCUGACGAGCCCUGUUCUCUGGGAGCCGUCCAUGCAGAAGAUGAUCAAGGACGGGAUUUCGGAGUUCUACGAGUGUGGCCCGCAGAAGCAGCUGAAGGCCAUGAUGAAGCGGAUAGACAACAAGAUGUGGAAUAAAACCACAUCUAUGGAGGAGGCGAAGGCACCGGAGCCGAAGCCUCGACCCAGAAAGGGUGGUCGCGGGCGCCGCCGAAGCUCCGCCGCGGGGCUCAUGGCGCAGAUUACACACGUGACGGACACCGACAAGGUGGGUCUGCUUCAGCUGGAGGGAUCAGGAGUUCGUGGCGAGGAAUGGGGCUUCCUGUCGGAGGCAGCGCAGUACCUGGAGCGUCUAAAAUCAGGCUUGCUCCUGUCUGAGGAGCAU